AUGGCGCUCUCCGAGCUCCCGCUCCAUCACUCCUUCCGCCUCUCGUCCCGCCCCAGCAUCCACCGCCUCCUCCCGCUCCGCCUCCUCUCCUCCCCCUCCUCACGCCACGUCUCCUCCUCCUCGUCCGCCGCGGCCGCGGCCUCGGCCUCCUCCCCUUCCUCCACCGGCGGCAAUCGCACAUCCCCACCCUCCACCAGCACGGGCGCGCCGUGGCUGCAGAAGUGGGCGCCCUCCGACCCCUCCCGUCCCGCCCCACCUCCCGCUCCCGUCCCGUCCCCGACCACGUCCAUAGACCGCAUCGUCCACCGCCUCCGUAACCUCGGCCUCGCCUCCGACGACGAUGACCCCUCCGCUGCCACGGCCGCCGCGGCGCCUCCCGACGGCACCGAGCGCCUCGGCGACCUGCUCGACCGCAGCUGGGCGCGGCCUGACCGCCAGUUCGCGGCCGCCAGCUUCGACGACGCCGUCCUCCCGUGGGAGAGGGACGACGAGCCCACGAGGCCGACGAGGGACGAGGAGGAUGGAGCCAAGAGGAGGCGGGUCAAGGCGCCCACGCUGGCCGAGCUCACGAUCGAGGACGAGGAGCUGCGCCGGCUGCGCAGGCUGGGGAUGAUGCUUCGCGACCGCAUCACCGUGCCCAAGGCGGGAGUCACCACGGCCGUCAUGGAGAAGAUCCAUGACGCCUGGAGGAAGUCGGAGCUGGUCCGCCUCAAGUUCCAUGAGGACCUCGCGCACGACAUGAAGACAGCUCAUGAGCUCGUUGAGCGACGCACAGGCGGAUUGAUCAUAUGGAGGUCUGGAAGUGUAAUGGUGGUUUACCGAGGGAGCAAUUACAAGAGGCCUCUGAAAUCUCAAACUCUAAAUGGUGCCUCAUCACCAGUGAAGGGGAAGAAGCAUGCAAACAUGUCCCAGUUGAACACGCAGAAUACUGAGGACAUGACAGAGGAAGAUCUGGAGUUCAAUCAGAUGCUUGAUGAGCUGGGUCCUCGUUUUGUGGAUUGGUGGGGAACGGGUAUCUUACCAGUGGAUGCUGACUUGCUGCCUCAAACGAUCCCUGGUUAUAAAACGCCAUAUAGAGUUCUUCCGACUGGAAUGCGUUCGACGCUUACCAACGCAGAGUUGACUAACUUGCGAAAGUUAGCGAGGAACCUUCCAUGCCAUUUUGCUCUAGGGAGGAACCGGAAUCAUCAAGGUUUGGCAGCAGCAAUUGUUAAGCUCUGGGAGAAGAGUUUGGUGGUGAAAAUUGCUGUCAAACGUGGAAUACAGAACACAAAUAACAAGAUAAUGGCUGAAGAAAUAAAGAAUCUAACAGGGGGUACCUUGCUUCUUCGAAAUAAAUUUUACAUUGUAAUAUAUCGUGGAAAAGACUUCCUCCCAACAUCUGUGGCAGCUGUGUUGGCUGAAAGAGAGGAGUUGACAAAGGAUAUUCAGAAUAUGGAGGAGCAGAGAAGAAACGUUUUGAUUGCACAACCUCCGGAUGAUGGCUUAGAUAGGCAUGCUCUUGUGGGUACUCUUGCUGAGUUUCAGGAGGCCCAAGCUCGUUGGGGAAGAGAAGUAACUGCUAAGGAGCAAGAAGAAAUGAAAGAAGCUUCUUCUAGAUCAGAAAAGCAAAAGCUUUACAGGAAACUCGAACACAAGCUUUCCAUUGCUCAGGCAAAAAUACAUAGAGCGGAACGCUUACUAUCAAAAAUUGAAGCUUCUAUGGUACUUGCCGAUCCAUGUGAUGAUCAAGAAAUGAUUACAGAUGAGGAAAAGUCUGUUUUCCGUAGGAUUGGUUUACGGCUUAAGUCAUAUUUGCCACUUGGAGUUCGUGGCGUUUUUGAUGGUGUAAUUGAAAAUAUGCACUUGCAUUGGAAGCACAGGGAAGUUGUCAAAUUAAUUUCAAAGCAGAAGACUUUGUCAUUCGUUGAAGAGACGGCACGACUUCUUGCAUAUGAGAGUGGUGGUAUACUAGUUGCCAUUGAAAGAGUUCCAAAGGGUUAUGCACUCAUUUUUUACCGUGGAAAGAACUAUAGGAGGCCUAUUAACAUAAGGCCAAGAAACCUCUUAACAAAAGCUAAGGCAUUGAAACGUGCAAUUGCUAUGCAACGUCAUGAGGCCCUUAGUCAGCAUAUAGAUCAACUGGAAAGCAAUAUCAAGCAGACGAAGUUGGAUCUGGGUAUUGAGGACUAUGAGGAACAAGAUGAUGAUAGCUCAGAUUCAGAAAAUGAAUAUGGCAUGGCAGUCACCUCUGGUAGCCAUGAUGAGGAUCAAGAUGAUUUUGAUGAAUCAGCUGAUGAAGAUGAUUACGAUGACAACAUUGAAGAUGAGGAGAUUGACAAAUAUUGA